AGGGUCCUUGGGGCACUGAGGACACACUCUGCCUCUGGGGACGCAUCCACGCUGGAUGAAGCACUGCCCACCCUCAGGUGUGAUGGGUUUCCCAUUCAUUGGGAAAUGCUGUGAAAUCCUUGUCAUGUUUUGAGCUUUGCUGGCUCGGGGUCAAAUCCAGGGCUGGCGGCUGGUUGUCUUGGGUGGUUUGAGCAUCAGAGGAGGAUGGUGGUGAGACAUGGGGUGGGCAUCGUGAUGGAUGAUCUGGAUGGAGAUGUCUGGCAUCAGAUGCUUUGCUGUAGGUCAAGGCAUUGCAAGCUCAUGUAGUGUUUGUUUGGAAAUCAACUUAAUUUGCUCAAUUGAUGUUGUUUUCUGCUGGCAGCAAUUAGGGUUUUUUUUCAGAAGCAAAGGCCUGACCAAACUGUAGUUGCAUUCCCUGCUCGUUUGCUUUAAACUCUCCAUAUUAAUUAUCCCUUUUCUUCCAGCUGUUUGCAGCGAUGUGCGUGUCUGGUGCUGACUGGGUCUGAGGAUUGCCUGUAUUUGUGCUGAGAAAAACAGCUCUGGGGUAAAAACCUGAAGAGGAAUUAGAGGAGAGGGCUUUUAUUUGCUAAAGGAAAGCUGGAAUAAAGCAUUGAAAGCUGGUAAUCCUGGCUGCCUCUCUAAGGGGUCCUCCAGCAGGACAUGUGUAGCUCAUAAACAUGAAGUUUUGAGGGAUUAGGGAAGAGUCAGGGAAACUGAGGGCUCCCUGCACUCCUCUCUUGGGUGCUGCUGUUUCCUGAGGUCACCUUGCGUGAGUCUGGUUCCCUGGAGGGGUUGUGUCCCAGCACGGGAGCCCCGGCUGCAUCCGCCUGGGGAGACAUGGGGAUGGAAAUACCCGCCUGCAAAUGACUGUAUGAAAAGAGUUGUCCAAAGCUGAUGCUGGCUUCAGCUGGUGCCUAGAGGAGGUGUUCUCUUGCUACCACCAGCUGCCCUGAUGGUUGGGCCCUGGGAUGCUCCAGCCACCAGACAGCCACUUCCCUGGACUCUGCUGCAUGCAUCAGGCCCUUGAGCAUCAUUUGUGGGUCUGGGGUUAUGGGGGCUGAGAAGACAGAGGUUUUGAGUGAAGAUCUCUUGCAGGUGGAGAAGCGCCUGGAGCUGGUGAAGCAGGUCUCCCACAGCACCCACAAGAAGCUGACCGCAUGUCUGCAGGGCCAGCAAGGCGUGGACGCUGACAAGCGCUCGAAGAAGCUGCCGCUGACAACACUGGCACAGUGCUUGAUGGAGGGGUCAGCGGUGCUGGGCGACGACUCCCUGCUAGGGAAGAUGCUGCGGCUGUGCGGGGAGGCGGAGGACAAGCUGGCUCAGGAGCUCAUCCACUUCGAGCUGCAGGUGGAGAGGGACGUCAUCGAGCCUCUCUUCGUGCUGGCUGAGGUGGAAAUCCCAAAUAUCCAAAAGCAGAGGAAGCACUUGGCAAAGCUCGUGCUGGAUAUGGACUCCUCCAGGACAAGGUGGCAGCAGUCUGCCAAGUCCUCGGGUUUGGCCAGCAACCUGCAGCCCUCGGGUGCCAAAGCCGAUGCUCUCAGGGAGGAGAUGGAGGAGGCGGCCAACAGAGUGGAGAUCUGCAGGGACCAGCUCUCGGCUGAUAUGUACAAUUUUGUGGCCAAAGAAGUAGACUAUGCAAACUAUUUCCAAACGCUCAUCGAGGUGCAGGCUGAAUACCACCGGAAAUCCCUAGCGCUGCUGCAGAGUGUCCUGCCUCAGAUUAAAGCCCAGCAGGAGGCAUGGAUGGAAAAGCCCUCCUUCGGGAAGCCCUUGGAGGAGCACCUGGCUGUCAGCGGGCGGGAGAUCGCCUUUCCUGUGGAGGCAUGCGUGACGAUGCUCCUGGAGUGCGGCAUGCAGGAGGAGGGUCUUUUCCGAGUCGCUCCCUCGGCCUCCAAGCUGAAGAAGCUCAAAGCUGCCCUGGACUGCUGCGUGGUGGAUGUGCAGGAGUACUCAGCUGACCCACAUGCCAUCGCAGGAGCCCUCAAGUCCUACCUGCGAGAGCUGCCAGAACCCCUCAUGACAUUUGAGCUGUAUGAGGAGUGGAUCCAGGCCUCCAACAUCCCGGAGCAGGAGAAGCGGCUGCAGGCUCUCUGGAACACCUGCGAGAAGCUGCCCAAAGCCAACUACAACAACAUCAGGUACGUGAUUAAAUUCCUGGCCAAGCUGACCGAGUACCAGGACAUGAAUAAAAUGACACCGAGCAAUGUGGCCAUCGUGCUGGGGCCCAACCUUCUGUGGCCGCAGGCGGACGGGAACAUGACAGAGAUGAUGACAACCGUCUCACUGCAGAUCGUGGGGAUCAUUGAGCCACUCAUCCAGCAUGCCGACUGGUUCUUCCCCGGAGACAUUGAGUUCAAUGUGACUGGCAACUACGGCAGUCCCAUGCACAUCAACCACAAUGCCAACUACAGCUCCAUGCCCUCCCCAGACAUGGACCACGCAGACCGCCGGCAGCAUGACCAGGCACGACGGCCCCUUAGCGUGGCUACAGACAACAUGAUGCUGGAGUUUUACAAGAAGGAUGGCCUUAGGAAAAUCCAAAGCAUGGGCGUCAGGGUGAUGGACACCUCGUGGGUGGCUCGCCGAGGCACGUCUGCGGCACGCAAGACAGCCUCCACCCCGCCAGCCAUGCAGCCGCCUGCACCGCCCUCAGAGCUGCCCCCCGCGCCCCACUCACCCAUUCCCGAGCAAGCGCUGGACACGUCCGCUACCCCUUCCCCGCCUCCCACCAGCUUUGGCUUCCCCCCGGGAGCUGAGCGGACAAGCACUCUCGGACCCCCGGAGCUCCCCCCCGGGGCCGGGCAGCUCCACGGCAGCCCCGGGCCGGUCCCGGCCGAGCAGAGCCCGCUCGCCCCGCGCAAAGUGGCCAAGAAGCUGGCGCCCAUCCCGCCGCGGGCGGCCGCGGGGGAGCCGGGGGGGGGGCAGCCGUCCCCCGGCAGCCUCUCCCCCACCCCCCCCAGCACCCCCGCCGCGUUCGGCCCCGCCGCGCCCCCCGGGCCCUGCCCGCCGCCCGCCCCGCUCCUGCCCCCCCCCGCCAACGCCGCCGCCCGCUCCCGGCCCACCCCGAAGCCGCGGCCGCGGCCCGCCCUGCCCCCGCCGCCGCAGCCCCCCGCGGCCGCCCCCGGCCCCCCCCAGCCCCCGGAGCUGCCCCGCCGGGACACCGCGGGCCCCGGGGACGGCGCCGUCACAGGUCUGCUCCGUUUUGAGGUCCCUUCCCUCCACGUCCCCCCAGAUGCCGCCCUGUGCCGGGACCCGCUGGAGGCACCGCAGAGACUCUCGGGGCCAGGCCCGGCUGCCCGGCCAGAGGAGGAGGAGGAAUCGGAGAGCACAGCCCUAUGACAGUGUCCCUGUCCCCAAGCUCAUCCUUGCAUCACCCAGGGGCCAGCACCAGCCGUCGGCACCAAGGGUCACUGGCACGGCAGUUUCGUGUGGCAAAGUGCCCAGUUUGGGGGCAGUCGCUGGUUUUGAGUUCAGUUUCUUUUUGCCUUAUCCAGACUUUGCCUUUCAACAGGGUGCCUGCCCCUCCCCCCCCUUGCCCCGCAGCACCCAUGGUCCUGGGGUGAUGCCACCACCUCCUCCGUGCCCUGAUGGUGGGUGCCACUGGGUACCAGCCAGGUGACAAUGAGCUCGAUGGUGCUUUGCAGCAGGAUUUCAUUUCUUCAGCUUCUGCCCCCUCCGCUUGUUUGCCGGAGCAGGACGGGACCUGAUCAGCAAUAACAGGAUGUGCCCCCCUCAGGCUUUUGGGGUGCCAGCGGGGAAGGGCACGUGUCCCUUGGCACCCAUUGUCCCUGUGGGUUGGUGGCUUUGGUUGUGCAUGCAAAGACAAAUUAACCUUUUAUCCUUCCCAGAGAGAUAAGAUAUAUAUAUAUAUAUCGGCAGAGAUACAUAUACUAUAUAUUUGUAUCUAUAGAGAGAAAAAAUAUAGAGAUUUGUUUUAUUUGGAGCCGUUCUCGCCCACCCAGUGCCCAGCAGGAGGAUGGAAAUGGCCGUGCUUCGCCCCCGCCCCGCUCGCACCAUGCCCCUUGCCCCAGGUGGGCCCCUGGGGGCACCAGCACCCCAAAAGUAAUCAAUAAAUCCAUGUGCCACUCGCUGGGAACUGCCCGGCA